UUGGUUUUAGUGGGAUCAGCAAAAGGUGGAAUCAAACUUGAGCGAUUUCAGCCGAAACCACCCGUGGACUUGGACAACUACUCGACCGUCUCUCCAUAUGGGUUUCAUCGCGAUUACUUCGAUCGUGAUAUUGACAGAAGAGAAAAUCCUCGAGAAUUGAACAGAGCUGACAACGAUAACGACGACCGAACAAUAACGAGAAGAACUGAUUCACAGACGUAUCGUGGGAACGGUACUGCCAUCUGUUUAGAUGACCAAUGUUAUCCCAAUGUGACUGUUUCUAUUUUAGAUGAACAAUCUUACACGAGAGGACGUUAUGAUAGUGGAGGAGAAGCGAGAAAUAACCGUUUCAGUGCCCCCACACACGAUCCCCAACAACGUCGUCGCUCACCAAGCCCGGCUAGAUCACGUGCUUCUAGCACGUAUGCUGAGGAAGAUCGAUUCAGACAAGGUUGGGGUGGGGAUCGUUAUCCUCCCCCUCCAUAUAGACGUGAACCGUCUCCCGAUCGACCGUAUGAGCAUGAGUACAAAGGGGUGUGGCCGAGGGAGCAAGGUACACACGAAGUUCUUUCUCUUUGUAAGAUUUGCAAUACGGCUCUUAAUUUAGACCGAUAUGCACGAUUCGAUGACGACAUGGCUAGGAAUGGUUUUCAAAAGCGGCGCGUACCACAAGAACCGAAGAAGUAUGAACGCAAGCACAUGUAUCUGAUGGAUUCUCACGAUGUGCCGUAUGAGGAUUAUGUGAAGCUUACCCAUUUUGUCGCGUUGGAUGAGUUUUAUGUACGCUUUGAGAGUGAGGAAAAUCGAUAUCUGGAUAUGCUCGCAGAGUUGAGGGAUGACUACAAAGGAGAGUUGGAGUUCGCGGCACCGCAGCUUUGGAUGAAAGGCGAUGGAGUGGCUGUGUGGUUAGACCGUCAAUGGCAACGAGGUGUAGUGUGUAGUCCGAUCACGAACAAUGUAGUAGCGACCUUGGACGUGUUUCUUAUCGACGUUGGAAAAACGGUUACAAUAUCUAAAGAUCAGGUUCUACCACUACAUAGUUACUAUGAUGACAAGCCUCCGUUUGCCGUUUGCUGUACUGUUGGAAGUUUUGAUAUCUAUCAAGGGAGACGUCCGGACUUAGUGGAGGAGUGUAACAAAAUGGCGGACGCCUUCAUGAAUGCGAAACCGGGAGCGCUACUAGCUGAAAUUAAGGACAAGGUACGAGCUUGA